AUGGACGAUGCUGGGGCCGACGCCACGACCUCUGCGGCGCUGGGCCGCAUUCAAGAGCUCAGUCUGCAGGAGCCGGGCAACCUUGCGCGGCCGCGCGGCGCCACGCGACACGUCGACCGAGCUGUGCCAAGCUCCAUUGGUUUCAGGGCCAAGCAGCUCUUGCAGGAUGCGAUGCCGGCGGAUCGAGGUGCCGGCCAUGAAGUCGCCACCAGCAUUCUUUGCCUCGUGCAAGCGUUCAAGGACCUGGACAUGCUGGACGACAUCGAGCCAGCAGCCGCAGCAGCGCUGCUGCGGCUUUGCACGGAGAUGGACAAGGGGGUGGGGAAAGCAAGCCCCUCUUCGGAAGUCAGUCCUUCGCCGUUUGGCGAGGACCCAGCGGUCCUAUGGCAGAGCCAGCACCUUCAGCUCAUUUACAAGCCACCUGCCUGGGCGGUGGUCGGCGGGAGUGACGCCAGGCGCAUGGAUCGUUGGAUCCAGGGGCAGCUGGCCGGAGAUGAGUUGGCGGAGCAUGGCUUCGUGCACCGCUUGGAUCGCAAUACCUCGGGCUUGCUGCUGCACGCCAAGACUUACCUGGGCUACUACGGGGCAAAGCUGGAGUUCAACGCGCGGAGAGUGACGAAGCGUUAUGUGGCGCUGUGCUCUGGGCAUUUCCCCAAGGCGAUGAAGACGCUGGACUUCCCCUUGCGCAGUGUGCAAGUGGCGCCAGGAGUAUCCAGAAGCCGUGUAGAUGCUUCUGGGCAGCCAGCUCAGACAGAGGUUUUGCAGGUCUCCCACCUGCGACUCCGCGAGGCCUGGAGUCUUGUUGCCAUACACCUCCACACAGGCCGUAUGCAUCAGAUCCGUGCGCACUUCAGUCACCUUGGACACCCGCUGGCUGCGGACGAGGCAUACGGUGGGAGAAGCUUGGGCAAACGCGUCUUUCUGCAUGCUUUCCAGCUCCAGAUGCACUCAUGGCUCGCAGGAGAUGGCGUGAGGGCGAGCUGCCCGUUGCCACCAGACUUGGAGGAGGUGCUGUGCCUGCUGCAGCCCACGAGCCGAGAAGAUGCUUUAGCACUCGAGGCCAUCACGGACAUGCUCAUUCCGAGCGGGAAAAUGGGCGCAGCACGUGCAGCGCGUAUUAGCGAUGCAGACAACCAGUGCUUCGAGCUCCCAAGUGAAGUCGAGCAAUGGCUUGACUUGGCCCUGGAGGUACCGCGGGAGGACCAGUAUGUGAGACAGCAGCCGCGUAAGGCGGAGCGCCACCAGAAGCAGAUCGCGGCAGCCAGGUACAGCUAUGAGACCUGGCUGACAGUCACCUUAUCACAGCUGCGCUUGCCGCACCAGGCCCAGAAAGUUGUGGGCUGCCAUCGAGUGCCCAUUGCCUUCAACAAGCAGCUGCAGCUCAUUGAUGUGCUGAAUCUCGAGGACCUCACCGCCCCGGCCAGCCGCAUCACCGGCGCCGCCGAGCUCCGGCGCCGCCAGUUAAUGCAGCUGGGCUGGGCCAUCCACGGCAUCCGCCUCUCUGAGCUCUACGAGGCGGCGAGGACUGGCACCCUAAGGCUUGUCGUCUCCAAGCUGGUUUCCUGCUUGGACGCAACAGCCGCUCAAGCUGGAUUUGCAGAGCCAGCGCUACGUAGAAAGGCGCCAAAGGUCCGGCUCUUGAAUCAGCCUCUUCGGUCAAGACAGGACAAGAAGGAGCUCGCAGAGUUGUCGGAUGAAGAGGAGUGGGGCUCUUUGCCUCGCCGAGAUCCGCGAGCCGUGCUUCAUGAACGAGCCCGGCAGGCUGCCAAAGCAGCUGAAGUUAGCAGCAUUGGUUAAAGAAAAGAAAAGCGGUCUGGACAGGUGCAUGCGU